CCGGGGAGGACGGGUCGGAGGGGCCUGUGCGAGGCCGGGCAGAGCGGGAGAGGGGCGAGAGAGAAAACCUUCUCUCCGUUUAUCACGUAUGGCUCUAUAGGAGAAGUCAUCUCUGGGAAUAUAGUGGAAAGGACGGAGCAGGUAUAAACUGAAGGCGCCCGCGUUUAAUUCACACUUGUGGGUGCCCAGCAUGGAGAUGCAGAGAUGGUCCACAAGGUGGAAAACGAGAAGGUGGCCCUGGGACUCGGCUGUAACCGUGCUCAUCACCUUCGCUUUCCUUCUUCGGGCUGCAGAGGUCAGAGGAGCUGAGCCAGUCGAUGUGCUAAAAGCAUUAGAAUUUCACAAUUCUCCAGAAGGAGUAACAAGAACAGCAGGAUUUUGCACAAACAGAAGGAAUUCAAAAGGAUCAGAUGUUGCUUACAGGGUCUCAAAAACUGCACAGCUGAGUGCCCCAACAAAGCAGCUGUACCCAGGUGGAAGUUUUCCAGAAGAUUUUUCAAUAUUAAUGACAGUAAAGCCUAAAAAGGGUAUUCAGUCUUUCCUUCUGUCUAUCUACAAUGAACAAGGAAUUCAGCAAGUAGGUGUUGAAGUUGGUAGGUCCCCUGUCUUCCUGUUUGAAGAUCAAAAUGGAAAACCUGCCCCAGAAGACUAUCCUCUUUUCAGAACAGUCAACAUCGCUGAUGGCAAGUGGCAUCGAGUAGCUAUCAGUGUGGAGAAAAAGAGUGUUACAAUGAUUGUUGACUGUAACAAAAAAACUACAAAACCACUUGACAGAAGUGAUAAAACAGUUGUGGACACCAAUGGCAUCACUGUGUUUGGAACCAGGAUUCUGGAUGAAGAAGUUUUUGAGGGUGAGAUCCAGCAGCUGUUGAUUAUAGCUGAUCCCAGAGCUGCAUUUGACUAUUGUGAGCAUUAUAGCCCAGACUGUGACUCCCCAGUGCCCAAUGCUGCUCAGGCUCAAGAUCCUCGAGUUGAUGAGAAAAAGAAAGCCAUGGUCAAAAAGAAGAAGAGGACAGUGGCCGCUAGCUCAAAGGACAAACUUCAAAAGGCCACAACAAAAAAAUCUGAAAAAUAUGCAUCCAAGAAGAAGAAAAGUUAUCAAGCACCAACAAAAGACAAACUAGGGGUAAAGGCCAACGUUAUUGAUGGAUUUCAAGAUUAUAGCAUAGCUGAAAAUGACUAUGGGCCCCAGACAGAAGCUCCCUCCAGAGCUACUGAAGCAAAUGAGCAAAAUCCUGUUGAAGAAGUAUUUGCUGAAGAAUACGUAACUGGAGAGGAUUAUGAUAAAAAAACUGAGGCAACUGAAUAUGGAAGCAGAGGAGUAGACCUCAGUGAAUCUGAUCUGCUGGUAGAUGGAGAUUUAGGAGAAUAUGAUUUUUAUGAAUAUAAAGAAUAUGAAGAGAAACCAACUGAUUCCACUAAUGAGGAGUUUGGUCCAGGUGUUCCUGCAGAGACCGAUAUCACAGAAACAAGCGUGACAGGACACGGGGCUUAUGGAGAAAAAGGCCAAAAGGGAGAACCAGCUGUGAUUGAACCUGGUAUGCUCAUUGAAGGACCACCGGGACCAAGAGGACCUGCUGGUCUUACAGGUCCCCCGGGUUUACAAGGUCCUGUUGGUCCUCCAGGUGACCCUGGUGAAAGGGGUCCACCUGGUCGCCCUGGUCUUCCUGGUGCUGAUGGUUUAGCAGGUCCCCCAGGUACCAUGUUAAUGCUACCGUUCCGCUUUGGUGGAGAUGGUGAGAAGGGCCCAACAAUCUCAGCUCAGGAAGCUCAAGCACAAGCUAUUCUUCAGCAAGCUAGGAUUGCUAUGAGAGGUCCACCUGGUCCUAUGGGACUCACUGGAAGACCAGGUCCUGUGGGUGGACCUGGAGCAGCAGGUGCUAAAGGUGAAAGUGGUGAACCAGGACCUCAGGGUCCUCGUGGUGUCCAAGGUGCCCCCGGUCCAAGUGGAAAAGCUGGCAAAAGGGGACGUCCUGGAGCUGAUGGUGCCAGAGGAAUGCCAGGAGAACCUGGUGCAAAGGGUGACAGAGGAUUUGAUGGUCUUCCUGGCCUCCCUGGUGACAAAGGUAACCGGGGAGACCGUGGCCCACAGGGACCUCCUGGCUUACCUGGUGAAGAUGGAUCAAGAGGAGAAGAUGGGGAAGUUGGACCAAGAGGUCUUCCAGGUGAAGCUGGUCCACGGGGAUUACUGGGCCCCAGAGGAACACCUGGGCCCCCUGGACAACCUGGCAUUGCAGGUAUUGAUGGACCUUCAGGCCCAAAGGGAAACAUGGGUCCUCAAGGGGAACCAGGACCUCCUGGUCAGCAAGGAAUUCCAGGCCCACAAGGGCUUCCUGGUCCUCAAGGUCCUAUUGGGCCUCCUGGUGAAAAAGGACCACAAGGCAAGCCUGGCCUUCCUGGCCUUCCUGGUUCUGAUGGGCCACCUGGUCACCCUGGCAAAGAGGGUCAGUCUGGAGAUAAAGGUGCAUUGGGACCUCCAGGUCCUCAGGGUCCAAUUGGAUACCCAGGUCCUCGUGGUGUAAAGGGUGCUGAUGGUGUACGUGGACUCAAGGGAUCCAAAGGUGAAAAGGGUGAAGAUGGUUUUCCAGGAUUUAAAGGUGACAUGGGUCUUAAAGGUGACCGGGGAGAAAUUGGUCAGCCAGGUCCACGAGGAGAAGAUGGCCCAGAAGGUCCAAAAGGUCGAGCAGGUCCAUCUGGGGAUCCAGGUGCUGCUGGUCCAGCUGGGGAAAAGGGCAAGCUUGGUGUACCUGGACUGCCAGGAUAUCCAGGAAGACAAGGUCCAAAGGGCUCAACUGGUUUCCCAGGAUUUCCAGGUGCCAAUGGAGAGAAAGGUGCAAGGGGGUUGCAUGGCAAACCAGGCCCCAGAGGACAGCGAGGACCAACAGGUCCAAGAGGCUCAAGAGGUCCCAGAGGUCCCACUGGUAAACCAGGUCCAAAGGGCACUUCAGGCAAUGAUGGUCCUCCUGGCCCACCAGGCGAAAGGGGACCACAAGGGCCUCAGGGACCUGUUGGAUUCCCUGGACCAAAGGGACCUCCAGGUCCACCUGGAAAAGAUGGCUUGCCUGGGCACCCAGGACAGCGGGGUGAGACUGGUUUUCAAGGAAAAACUGGUCCUCCUGGUCCUGGUGGUGUUGUUGGCCCUCAGGGUCCUACUGGUGAGACUGGACCAAUUGGUGAAAGAGGCCAUCCAGGUCCUCCUGGUCCCCCAGGUGAACAAGGGCUCCCAGGUGCUGCAGGAAAAGAAGGUGCUAAGGGUGAUCCAGGCCCUCAAGGCAUUCCUGGGAAAGAUGGACCAGCAGGUCUUCGUGGUUUCCCUGGAGAGAGAGGCCUUCCAGGUGCUCAGGGUCCAGCUGGUCUGAAAGGAGGAGAAGGCCCACAGGGUCCACCUGGCCCAAUGGGCUCGCCGGGAGAGCGCGGAGCUGCGGGCACCGCUGGCCCCAUUGGGCUGCCGGGCCGGCCCGGCCCCCAGGGACCCCCAGGCCCUGCCGGAGAGAAGGGUGCUCCUGGUGAAAAAGGUCCCCAAGGUCCAGCUGGACGUGAUGGAAUACAGGGUCCUGUAGGACUUCCUGGUCCUGCUGGUCCUAGUGGUUCUCCUGGAGAAGAUGGUGACAAGGGUGAAAUUGGUGAACCAGGUCAGAAAGGUAGUAAAGGUGACAAAGGAGAAAACGGUCCUCCGGGUCCACCAGGUCUGCAGGGUCCUGUUGGAGCCCCAGGGAUAGCUGGAGGUGAUGGAGAGCCAGGCCCAAGAGGUCAGCAAGGGAUGUUUGGGCAAAAAGGUGAUGAAGGUCCUCGAGGCUUCCCUGGACCCCCAGGCCCGAUUGGCUUACAGGGUCUGCCUGGCCCACCAGGUGAAAAAGGUGAAAAUGGAGAUGUGGGUCCAAUGGGUCCACCUGGCCCACCAGGUCCCAGAGGUCCCCAGGGUCCUAAUGGAGCUGAUGGUCCUCAAGGUCCCCCAGGCUCAGUCGGCUCUGUUGGAGGUGUUGGUGAAAAGGGUGAGCCUGGAGAAGCUGGUAACCCUGGACCUCCUGGAGAAUCUGGAACAGCUGGUCCAAAAGGUGAAAGGGGAGAAAAAGGUGAAGCUGGUCCACCUGGAGCAGCCGGACCACCAGGUGCUAAAGGACCUCCAGGUGAUGAUGGGCCUAAGGGUAACCCAGGCCCAGUUGGUUUUCCUGGAGAUCCUGGUCCCCCUGGGGAACCUGGUCCAGCUGGUCAGGAUGGUGUUGGUGGAGAGAAGGGCGAAGAUGGUGAUCCUGGUCAACCUGGUCCACCAGGUCCUUCAGGUGAAGCUGGCCCACCUGGUCCUCCUGGGAAAAGAGGACCUCCUGGAGCAACAGGUGCUGAAGGCAGACAAGGCGAAAAAGGUGCAAAGGGUGAACCUGGUGCAGAAGGGGCUCCUGGAAAAACAGGGCCAGUUGGGCCACAGGGACCUGCAGGGAAACCUGGCCCAGAGGGUCUCCGGGGCAUUCCUGGCCCUGUGGGAGAACAAGGUCUGCCUGGAGCACCAGGUCAGGAUGGCCCUCCUGGACCUCUGGGCCCACCUGGCUUGCCUGGACUGAAAGGAGACCCAGGUUCCAAAGGAGAGAAGGGACAUCCUGGUUUGAUUGGCCUGAUUGGGCCUCCAGGAGAACAGGGUGAAAAGGGUGAUCGGGGUCUUCCUGGCCCACAGGGAUCUCCUGGAGCCAAGGGUGAUGCAGGAAUUUCUGGUCCUGCUGGUCCCCUUGGACCCCCUGGUCCUCCUGGAUUACCUGGUCCCCAGGGUCCCAAAGGUUCCAAAGGAUCCAGUGGUCCUGCUGGUCAGAAGGGUGACAGUGGCUUACCUGGUCCACCUGGUCCUCCAGGCCCUCCAGGUGAGGUAAUCCAGCCACUGCCAAUUCAGUCACCCAAGAAGACAAGAAGAUCUCCUGACUAUAUGUUAUCUGAUGCUGGUGAUAAUAUUCUGGAUUAUUCCGAUGGCAUGGAGGAGAUCUUUGGCUCCCUGAAUUCCCUGAAGCAAGACAUUGAGCACAUGAAGUUUCCCAUGGGCACUCAGAAUAACCCAGCCCGGACCUGCAAAGAUCUGCAGCUCUGCCACCCCGACUUCCCAGACGGGGAAUAUUGGAUUGAUCCUAACCAGGGCUGUUCUGGAGACUCCUUCAAAGUAUACUGCAAUUUCACAGCAGGUGGGGAAACUUGCAUCUACCCAGAUAAGAAAUCUGAAGGAGUUAGAAUCUCAUCGUGGCCAAAGGAGAACCCAGGAUCUUGGUUUAGUGAAUUUAAGCGAGGCAAACUUCUUUCCUAUUUGGAUGUUGAAGGCAAUUCCAUUAAUAUGGUCCAAAUGACAUUCCUUAAACUACUGAGUGCCUCUGCCAGACAAAAUUUCACUUACAACUGUCACCAGUCUGUAGCCUGGCACGAUGCACCCUCUGACAGCUAUGACAAAGCACUAAGGUUCUUAGGAUCCAAUGAUGAAGAAAUGUCUUAUGACAACAAUCCUUACAUCAAAGCUCUCCACGAUGGCUGUGCAUCAAGAAAGGGCUAUGCAAAGACGGUGCUGGAAAUCAACACGCCCAAAAUAGACCAAGUGCCCAUAGUUGAUGUGAUGAUCAAUGACUUUGGUGAUCAGAACCAGAAGUUUGGAUUUGAGGUUGGUCCUGUCUGCUUCCUUGGUUAA